GUGUCUACGUUUGUGAUUAAAAUAAUGGAGGAUAAACUGAUGAUGGACGAUGUUUCGAGCACCGUGAGAGAAAGGGUGUUUUUCGCAGCAAGAGAUGGGAUGUCUCUAACUCUGUACGCUUUAUUGUACGAGAAAAGUACAGACGAAAUCGACGAUAUACUAAAUACUGACGUAUGCUGCGACGGCGUGAAAUGCACCCCGCUCAUCGCAGCCGCGCGGCACGGUCGCGAGGGCGCCGUCAGGAUCCUGCUGGAGAAGUUCCGGCCUCCGGUCCGGCUGGAGACCGAGGGCACUGUCAAGUUCGACGAAUAUGUUAUAGAAGGAGCCACAGCUUUAUGGUGCGCAGCCGGCGCCGGGCACUUAGGCAUAGUGAAGCGACUAGUGCGCGCCGGUGCAAAUGUAAACCACGCGACCAAGACACUGAGCACGCCGCUUCGUGCUGCGUGCUUUGACGGACGCCUCGACAUCGUGAAAUACCUCGUGCGGCACGGCGCCGAUAUACACAAGGCGAACAAAUACAAUAAUACGUGCCUCAUGAUAGCAAGUUAUAAAGGCCAUCUGGAUGUGGUUCAGUUUCUCCUCGAGAGUGGCGCGCGGGUGGACGAGCGGGCGCUAUGUGGCGCGACGGCUCUCCACUUCGCGGCUGAGUGCGGUCACGCGGCGGUUGUAUGCGCGCUACUCGACCGCCAGGCUAGGAUACUUACCAACGAGAGCGGCAUGACCCCGCUACAGUGCGCCGCCGAGCGCGCCCGGGCGUCGGUGGUGGAGUUACUGGCGGCGCGGCCUGAAGUCUCGCGCGCGCAGGCCAUAGAAGCGCUCGAGCUGCUCGGCGCCUCUUUCGCCAACGACAAGGAGUACUACUGCCUCCGGAUGGCGUACCAAUAUUUGCACAGAGCGAUGGCGAUGCGUUACGACACACGAUACGGACUGCUAUUGAAGAAACCGGCCGAUCCUAUACCUGCUUACGAUAAUUGGAAAGAGAGCACUACACUUGAGGAAGUGGAGCGCCUGCACGGCAACGCGCACGGGCUGCACAUGGAGGGGCUGACGGUGCGCGAGCGCGUGCUGGGGCGCGGCUGCCCCGACCUGCCGCACCCCGUCGUGUUCCGCGGCGCCGUGUUCGCCGACGAGGCGCGCUUCGACCGCUGCCUCGCGCUGUGGCGCCACGCGCUGCUGCUGCGGCAGCACAACGCGGUCUCCGUGGUGAAAGAUUUGCUCAGAUUCGCUCAAGUGUUCUCUCAGAUGAUUCACAUAGGAAUAGAAUUACCGCUCACACACGUCUGUUAUGUAUUGGAAGCAUGUGCCGAGGAAUUACAAAGAGGAAAAACACUAUGGGAGAAGCCACUACCAAACCACGACCCAGAACCUUUAGUAGAGGAGUAUGAGAGCAACGUGCGGACAGCGCUGUAUCUAGUCGCUGUGGCUGCAAGACUGCUGGAAAACGAAGGGAAUUGUGAAGAAACCAAAUGUUCAAUCCGAAGAGCCGUGUUCAGGCUGCGACACGUGCGACUAAGGUCUGGUCAAACGCUACUGCACUUGGCAGCCGAUAGGCGGACGCCUGUAGACGACUUCCAUACCAGCGACGUGUGCCAAUUUCCUUGUAUGCGGUCUACCCGGCUACUGCUAGAGUGCGGCUUGGACGUGGACGCGUCCGACGACAUGCGGCGGACGGCGCUACACGUCGCGCUCAUAUCCUACCAGCUCAUACCAUGUAAGUUGCAGGGCCCAGCAGAGAGCGUGGUCCGAGCGGCGCUCCGCCCGCGUCUCUCGUGCUUAGCCGCCGGCGUGCUCGCCCGCCACGGCGCCACCUACGCGCCCGCGCACGUGCCACGUGACCUGCACGCCUUCCUCGCCAUGCACGGCGUGCGGAGCGUGCGCGAGCACUAGCUACGCGUGCGGGAACAAUGGCGGCGAGCCAUGCGCCGCGCGGUCAUUCCCAGCUGGAUGUGGGACGAGCUGGACGAGCUGGACUGAUGAUGAAGGAUACAAGACAUUAUGUGACGUAGGGAGGGGGGGCUGGGCCGACUAAUUCGUACAGACGACGGCACGUCAAUCUAAAAGUAAAUUAGUUGUAAUAGAAGCGACUUUGCAACAAAAAUGUGCAGCCUAGGGAUCGUUAACAGACGACAGCUCAUCAAGUCAAAUACUAAAGCCCGGUCCGUGAGCACAGAAUUUUGUCCAAUGACCCCUAGCUACACAUCCUUAUCGCUCGCGCGUAAUUAUAUUGCUGUCGCGACUGUGCGACUGGCACCCGCAGUGAGUGUGCGAGCGCGAUAGCAACAUAAUUACGCGCGAGCAAUAAGGAUGGGUAGCUUGGGGUCAUUGGACAAAAUUCUACGUGCUCACGGACCAGACUUUAGCAUCCUAAUUAGUUAUAAUAGGAGCGGUUAUACUAUCUAUGCGCCCGCGCACGUGCCAGAAUGUAUCUGAAAUGACGUCGACUGCACAAGAGAGGGCAAACUAAAGCUAAAGUAGUUGUAGUAGAAGCGAGUGCAACAAAAACGAGUCUACACUACUGAGCAACCAUGCAACAGAUGACAACACAUCAAAGUCGCCUCUUAGAUACUUGUAAUAGGAGUCAUUUUCCAUCUAUGCGCCCGCGCACGUGCCAAAAUGCGUCUGACAUGCCGUCGACUGCAGAAACGAAGGCAAACUAAAGCUAAUUUGCAACAAAAACGAGUCUGCACUACUGAGCAACCAUGCCACAGAUGACAGCACUUCAAAGUCACCUCUUAGGUACUAGUAAUAGGAGUCAUAUCGCCAUGCACGGCGUGCGGAGCGUGCGCGAGCACUAGCUACGCGUGCGGGAACAAUGGCGGCGAGCCAUGCGCCGCGCGGUCAUUCCCAGCUGGAUGUGGGACGAGCUGGACGAGCUGGACUGAUGAUAUAAGAAAGAAAACUCUUGGAGUGACGUAGGGAGAAGGGAACUGCAUGAACUGGACUGAUAGAGGAUGUGAAGUGACGUAGGGAGGGGGGGCUGGGCUGACUAAGUCGUACAGACGACAGCACGUCAAUCUAAAAGUAAAUUAGUUGUAAUAGAAGCGACUUUGCAACAAAAAUAAGACAUGCGGCGGCUGGUGAUUCCGAGAUGGAUGUGGGACGAGCUGGAGGAGCUGGACUGAUAGGAUGUGAAGUGAUGUAGGGAGGGGGGGCUGAGCCGACAAUUUGUGAUAGAAACGACUCUGCAACAAAAAUCAGUGUACAACAACUGAGGGACCGUAUAACAGAUAGCACAUCAAGGACACCCCUUAAGCGGUUGUAAUGGGAGCGAUUUUACCAUCUAUGCGCCCGCGCACGUGCCAGGUACAAAUACUUUAGCUUCAGUUCGUGCAGUAACAACAGACGACAGAAAAUCAAGCUCACCUCUUUGGUAGUUAUAAUAGAAGCGAUUUUUCUACCUACACGCCUGCGCAAGUGCCAAAAUGUGUCGGUGCAUCAAUGUCGCCUCUUAGGUACUUGUAAUAGGAGUCAUUUUCCAUCAAUGCGCCCGCGCACGUGCAAAUGUCUGACAUGCCGUCGACUGCAGAAGCAAAGAAGCACUGGCAUCUUAAUUAGAAUAGGAGUCAUUUUUCCAUCUACGCCAGCGCACGCCACGUGACCUGCACGCCUUCCUCGCCAUGCACGGCGUGCGGAGCGUGCGCGAGC